AUGCGCUUUUCGUUCUCAGGACUUGUGGCCGCUGGCUUGCUCGGCGUCGGUUUUGUCUCAGCGCAGACGAACGGCUCUAUUAACAACGGGCCCUUCGACAAUGACCUCAAUGGCUCCAACUUCACAUACCCGCAUCCGGUGAAGCUCUUCCGCUUCCACAACCAGCUCCAGGACCUGGAGAUGGCCUUUAUGGACAUUCCUCCCUCCUGCGCACCCAACGGCAAAACUGCCGUCGUUUUGCACGGCAAGAACUUUUGCGGUCCUACCUGGGGCGACACGAUCGAUGUCCUUGCUAGCACUGGCUACCGCGUCAUUGCCCCGGACCAGGUCGGCUUCUGCAAGAGCACCAAGCCCACCAACUACCAGUUCAGCACCAACCAGCUGGCCAAGAACACGCAAGCGCUGCUCACGACUCUAGGAAUCAAGAAAAUCACCUUGAUUGGCCACUCCCUCGGUGGCAUGCUCUCAAUCCGAUUCGGCCUGCAAUACCCCGACAUGAUUGAGAAGCUCGUUCUCAUCGACCCAGUCGGCCUUGAGGACUACGUGGAAAAGGGCGUCCCGUACAUUGCUCUUGACGAUAGCUACAAGUCUGAGGCGGCUCAAAAUUACAAGUCGAUUCGGGGCUAUGAGCAGGAAGUCUACUACGUCGGCCAGUGGAAGAGUUCCUACGACACGUGGGUCAACAUGCUUGUCAACAUCUACAACGGCUCAAAGCGCGAGCAGUUUAUCAAAAAUCAAGCCCAGAUUGUCGACAUGGUGCUGACAUCGCCCGUUGCCCACUACUUUGGUGACCUCACCCCCAACACACUCCUCAUUGUCGGUGAUAAGGACAAAACUGCCAUUGGAUCGCAGUGGAGCCCGCCGGACGUCGCUGCCAAACUCGGUCACUUUGACGUUCUUGGACCUUAUGUCGCUUCUCAGCUUCCGCAUGGUCAGCUGCAUCAGUUCAAGGAUCUCGGCCACGCUCCUCAGCUGUCCGACCCAUCUGCUUUCCACGCCGUGGUGGUUGACUUCCUCUGCUCGUAA